CAGACCGGAUGUGACGCAGUGGGAGUGCGCAGGCCGGAAAGCUGGCAGGUGGCGAAGAUGGCGGACGGCGGCGGUCGUGUGAGCAAGAGCAGCGGGAGCAGCACGGGGAAGGGGGCGGUGUCGGCCGAACAGGUAAUUGCUGGCUUUAAUCGCCUUCGGCAGGAACAGAGAGGCUUGGCAUCCAAAGCCGCUGAGCUGGAGAUGGAACUGAAUGAGCACAGCCUAGUGAUUGAUACACUGAAGGAAGUGGACGAAACCCGCAAGUGCUACCGAAUGGUUGGAGGUGUGCUGGUAGAGCGGACCGUCAAAGAAGUGCUGCCUGCCUUGGAGGGUAACAAAGAGCAGAUACAGAAGAUCAUCGAGACACUGUCACAGCAGCUUCAGGCAAAGGGGAAAGAACUCAAUGAAUUUCGGGAAAAGCACAACAUUCGUCUUAUGGGAGAAGAUGAGAAGCCAGCAGCCAAGGAAAACUCAGAAGGGGCUGGGGCUAAAUCCAGCUCAGCAGGAGUGCUGGUCUCUUAGGAACUAAGGCCUCUGCACUUCCUUUUUUCACCCUGACUCCCACUUCUAGUUUCUUUUUAUUGUUGUUGUCAUUAUUAUUAUUUUCUCUGCUAUUGUAAUAUUUUUUUGUUAAUUAAAUGUUUUGGUCAGAAUGCUUA